AUGAAUUCACUUUCAAGUGCGGUUUCGACUAUUCAAUCUAAUUUUCAUCAUCUUAUUAUGAAACGUUGUGACUUUCUAAGUGAUGAGGAAAAGAAUUCUGAAUUGCCAAAUUUAACCUUGUAUUUUGAAUCAUUGAUAAAAGUGAUCAAAAAUAAUCCUGACAAAACUAGCGUAAAAUUUGGUGAAGAGGAAGAAGAUACUCUCACCUGUAUAACAAUACCAAGUCUAGCUAAAUAUUUUGGUAUUCCGGGCAUGUAUGGUGGAUUUACAAUUGAAUUUCAAAAACAAAUUGAUAAAGAACAAAUGAAGCUAAUAAAUAUAGAAGAAUUGUGUCAAUGUAAUAUUUGUUUAUUAUUAAAAGGGCAUCAAUUUAUCGAUUCUCCGAUUAUCGAUUUGGAUGAAUUUAAAAAAUGGUCUUUGAUAACAAGUAGUUGGUCUCGGAUGUCUGGUGGUAGUGGAAAAACGCAUAAAAUUAACUCAGAUGGAUAUGCUCUAAUAGAUGAAGGUUUCGUUUAA